CAAUCCUUCCGAGGAACACACGCGUCUCGGGCGGCUGUUCUCGGCGCGACCUUCGAACGGGAGUCACCGACGCCCAGGCCUGGGCACAGCAUCGAGCCCCAGGCCCAGGCCCAGGUACAGAUACCGAUCCCGGGUACAGAUACCGAGCCCCGGGCCCGGGUACAGCUCUGACCGGGGUCCGUCACUGACCCCGGGCCCAGCGUCAUCUGUGAGGAUAUGGCUGAGGAGAACUCGGAAGCUUCCUCCAGAUUCCUUUUCCCCUUCAAACCCUACUCAAUCCAGGAGGAAUUCAUGAGUGCGCUGUAUGAUGUGCUUGAAGAAGGAAAGAUUGGAAUAUUUGAGAGUCCUACUGGAACGGGAAAGUCACUGAGUCUGAUCUGCGGAGCACUCACUUGGCUCAGAGACUUUGAAGAGAAGAAAAAACUAGAAGCAGCCCAGCUUUUGGAAGAUCAUGUGCCACAGCAAGGUCUAUCUCAUCAUACCCAGAAUUCUUCUGAUGUUGAUGGUAAGGAGCCAGAAGCUAAGGACUUGGGGGCUGAAUUAGACUGGAUCACUGAUUUUGUACAGAAGAAGGCUGAGCGUGAUCUGGUCGAUAAGUUAAAGGAUGAAGAAUUAAAAAGAAAGAGGAGAGAAGAGCGAUUGGACAAAAUACGUAACAAUGUGCAGCUUAAAUAUGCUUUAAAACGCAAGAGAGAUGAUGACAAUGAUACUGAGCGACUCAUUCAGAUGAGUGGAGAAGUGGUGACUUCUGAACAGGCUGACGCUCUGGACGGGGAGGAUGAAAGCUUUAUUCUGGCAGAUUAUGAGAGUGACGAUGAAAAGAAACCGAAAGAUUUGAACCUAUCUGAUGAGGAAGAUUUGGAGGAAGAGCAUGUGACAAAGAUCUAUUACUGCAGUCGUACACACUCGCAGCUUGCUCAGUUCAUACACGAGGUCCAGAAAAGUCCGUUUGGCAAGGAUAUCAGGCUGGUGUCACUUGGAUCCCGGCAGAACAUGUGUGUAAAUGAUGAGGUGAGGCGCCUUCGAUCGCUCCAGCUGAUCAACGAUAGGUGCUUGGAAAUGCAGAAGAACAAACGUGCCGACAGAAAACGCAGCGAGGAUGAGGUGGAAACUCCGAAACGGAGACGCAAGAGUCGAGUGACGUGCCCGUUCUACAGCCAUGAGCAGAUGCAUUCCUUGCGUGAUGAGCUGCUGGUGGAGGUGAAGGACAUUGAGCAGCUGGUGUUGUUGGGGAAGGAGUUGAAGGCGUGUCCAUACUAUGCCAGCCGCUUUGCCAUUCCACCAGCACAGCUGGUGGUGAUGCCAUAUCAGACACUGCUACACAGUUCGACCAGGCAGGCAUCUGGCAUCAAACUGAAGGGGCAAGUGUUGGUGAUUGACGAGGCGCACAACCUGAUCGAUACCAUCACUGGCAUUCACAGCUACAAGGUGACAGGGUCACAGCUGUGUUGUGCUCACUCUCAACUCUCUCAGUACAUAGAGCGGUACAGAAGUAGACUGAAAGCAAAAAAUCUGCUGUACGUGAAACAGAUCCUUUACAUCCUUGCUAAACUUGUCCACAUUUUAGGAGGGAAGGUUGGACAAAAUCCGAACACACAGAAGAUUUUUCAGGGUGGCACUGAGUUACACUCGAUCAAUGAUUUCCUCUUUCGUGCACAGUUUGACAACAUCAACAUGUUUAAAGUGCAGCACUAUUAUAUGAAGAGCAUGCUCAGUCGAAAGCUCUUUGGGUUUGUGGAGAAGUACCAGGUUUCAGUGUCAAAACCAAACAACACACAGGAUCAAAAGGCAUCCAAAACAACAGCUCUUGAGAAUUUUCUUCAGAAGCUCAAUGAGAAACCCACCGGACAAGUUACACCCCAUGAGCGGGAAGAGGACAUCAAGAAGGAGCAGCCUGUCAUGGCAUCUCCGAUGAUGCAGGUUGAAGGGUUUCUUUUUGCUCUCACCAGCACUAACAAAGAUGGACGAGUGGUCAUUCAGAAACAAGGUACAGUGUCCCAGAGCAGCCUGAAGUUCUUACUGUUGAAUCCAGCAGUCCACUUUGCUGAGGUAGUGAAGGAAUGUCGAGCAGUGGUCAUCGCUGGUGGCACAAUGCAACCGGUGGAAGAAUUCAAAGACCAGCUGCUGUUAGCAUCGGGUGUUUCUGCAGACCGGUUGUUCGAGUUUUCAUGUGGUCACGUGAUUCCCCCAGAAAACAUUUUGCCGAUAAUCCUGUGUAGCGGCCCAUCAGGACAGCAGCUUGAAUUCACCUUCCAGAAGAGGGACAAGACACAGCUGCUGGAUGAAUGUGGCCGGGUGCUGGUCAAUCUAUGUAAAGUGGUCCCUGGUGGCAUUGUAUGCUUCUUUCCAUCCUAUGAGUAUGAAAAACAAGCGUACACGCACUGGGAGACAACAGGUCUCCUGACACAGCUGGAAGCCAAAAAGAAGAUAUUCCAGGAACCAAAAAAUGCCAAUCAAGUGGAGCAGGUGCUGUCCGAAUACUCUAGGUGUAUCCAGCAUUCGAGUCGCUCUCCAGGCCUAGUCACCGGGGGCCUGCUCUUCUCUGUGGUUGGGGGAAAAAUGAGUGAAGGCAUCAACUUCUCAGAUGACCUGGGCAGGUGUGUGGUAAUGGUCGGAAUGCCGUUUCCUAAUAUCAAUUCACCAGAGCUCCAGGAGAAAAUGGCUUAUCUGGACAAGACCCUGCCAAAAACUGAUGGGAAGACUCCAGGAAAACUUCUCGUAGAAAAUCUCUGCAUGAAAGCUGUUAACCAGUCAAUAGGGCGAGCCAUUCGCCACCGUGAGGACUAUGCCUCUAUUGUCCUUUUGGAUCAUCGCUACACCCGGCCCAACAUCCUUAGCAAACUGCCAACUUGGAUCAGAGCACGUACACAAGCAGAAGCUUCAUUUGGACCUGCCCUUGGAGCCAUUGGAAAGUUCUUCAGAGACAAGAAGACCUGUGGAGAUGCUAAGUAGCUACAAGAGACCAUUGCUGGGCUGAGACACAGUUCACAGCUGUCUUACUGGUGCCCUCCAUCUGUUAAAGCCACUCCCUUGGUUAUGAAAUUCUUGCCUAAUUGUAUAAAGAUGAAGUUGAUUUCAAAUCCUUUUUUGCUGCUGCUAGUUCUCAUGUGAUUGUUUUAUAUUUAUCUAUUAAGUGAUGUUUACCAAUUAUGUUAGAAUGUUUGUAUUUUUCUGCUGAACCUCAAUAAUAAAGGAAGAGGUGGCCUUGUUUGUGUGGUAUUCCUGUUCCUUCCUUGCUCCCUGAAUGUUUAUACCUUCCAUUUGAGUGUUGCCUGAAGGUACCUGGCAAUAUACCCAAUACCAAGCUGUGAUAGCAUAUGUGAAUAAAAACAAAAGCCCAGGGAGAACAUCUGGAUAAGAUGGGCUGAACAUCUUUAUGGGGUGGGACAACCAUGUGAUGGCUGCCGACGAAGUCAUUACUUCUUCUUGUGCCUGUGUGCCCGCUCCUGUACACACCCUCGCUCUAGCUGUAAUCUCCAUCCCUGCUCCUAACUCCAGCUCAACACCCAGCCACGGCCCCAAGCCCUGCAGGGUAUUCACCAGACCUCCCCCUCACUGAAGCUGAAAGGUCAGUCCUCGACAAAGGACUCACCUUCAUUCCCGUGGGCCCACACAUGAACAAAUUCCAUGCACGCCUCCAUGUUGAGCUCUUUUUCCACUGCUUCCGCCUCCACACCUAUUUCUUUAAACGAGAAUCCAACCCACCUUCUGACGAUCCCAUCUCCCACAUCCAGCAAACUCCAUCCUCCUAGACACCCCCUCUCAACCUCCUACUCUUCCUUGCCCUCUUCAUCUCCAACUGCCCCACGACGUCAAUCGUUUGGAUUUCUCCAUCCUUCUCAGUUACUCCACCCUCUCCCCAUCGGAACGCAAAACCCUCCGCUCCCUUUGCUCCAACCUGAACCUCACCAUUAAACCUGCCGACAAGGGGUGGGGUGCAGUGGUACUAUGGCGAACUGACUUCUACAUCACUGAGGCUAGGUGCCAACUCUGACACCACUUCCUACCAUCCCCUCGAUCACGAACGCACCUCUGAUCACCAAGCCAACAUCUCCCAGACCAUCAACAACCUCAACACCUCAGGAGAGCUCUUGUCCACAGCCUCUAACCUCAUAGUUCCCCAACCUUAUACCACCCGUUUCUAUCUCCGACCCAAGAUCCAUAAAUCCAACUGCUGCUGUUGACCCACUGUCUCUGCCUGCUGCUGCCCCACCAAGCUCAUCUCCUACCUUGACUCCGUUCUUUCCCCUUUGGUCCAGGAACUCCCUAUCUACAUUUGGGACACAACCCAUGCCCACCACCUUUUCCAAAACUUUCAAUUCCCUGGCCCCCAACACCUCAUCUUCACCAUGGACGCACAGUCCCUGUAUCCCCAACAAAGAUAGCAUAAAAACCCUCCGCUUCUUCCUCUUCUUGGUGGAAUUGGUCCUCACCCUCAACAAUUUUACCUUUGAUUCCUCCCACUUCCUGCAAACCAAAGGGGUGGCCUUG